GUCGCAGCUGGAAACACAACCCUCCAUUUCCCCAACCAGUGCACUGCAGACAUGGACGACUUCUUCAUAGCUGACCCGGACGCUCCACUGCCCUCCCGCAACAAGCGCAAGCGGCAGUUUGCGGAGCAAAAAAGGGCGGAAGAGUCCGCCGCCAAUAAGCGAGGAACAGCGAAAAGGGCAGGCCGGCGGCGAGGAGAGGGCAACGAUGACGACGACGACAACUCAGACCACGAAGUCGGUGGUGCCGAGACGGUCGACGACAUGGACCUCGUUGGUGACCGUGGUGCGGCGCUCGAAGAGUCGGAAGACUCGGAGGCCGAGCGCGAGAGCGCCGCGCAAAGGCGUCUGAGGCUUGCCAAACGCUACCUCGCGAAAGUGAGGGAGGAGGCCGGUGCCGACGACGGAGAAGUGGACGCUGCCGAUUUGGACAGAGAUAUUAUCGCAAAUCGGUUACGAGACGAGGCACUCGAGGCGGUCGGAAGACUGCAUCGCCCGAUUGCGGAAACGUUUGCGAAUGUCGAGAAUUGGGGGGACGAGUCCCGGGUUAGGACGUUCAAGAGUGCAAAGAAACCACAUGCGCUACCUGUUACGGCUGUUACCGUCGCAAUACCAUCUGGAACACAUCAUGUACCGUCGUCAACAUUACCGGCAGGAUACAAGGACACAUAUAUUUACUCUGCCUCCAAGGACGCUUCGAUUGCUAAAUGGGACUUCUGGACCGGCAAGAUGGUGCACCUGGUGCCUGGUGGACUCAAGCCCACAAAAAAGCUAGUCGCAGCCUACGGAUCUAAAGUUGGGUCAAAGCAUGCCGGCCACAAUGAACACAUCCUUGCCAUCGCAGCUAGUUCAGAUGGCCAAUACUUGGCAACAGGCGGCCGCGACAAACAGAUCAACGUCUGGUCCGUCCCCCAAAACAAACACCUAACGACCUUCAAACAACACCGUGACGCCGUCGCCGGUCUCGCAUUCCGCAAAGCCACAUCCAACCAACUUUACUCCGCCUCCCUAGAUCGCACCAUCAAAGUCUGGAACAUCGACGAAAUGUCCUACGUAGAAACCCUCUACGGCCACCAAGACGAAAUCACCUGCGUCGACACCCUUGCCCGUGAGCGAUGUGUCACAACAGGUUCGCGAGACAGGACAGUCAGAUUAUGGAAGAUCAUUGAAGAAAGUCAGUUGAUCUUCCGGGGUGGUGGUAGCGCGACCCACGAAGCCGCUGGCGAGGAUCUGGUGGUUAUGGACGGCCUCAAGAAGAAGGGCCCUGCGAAGAAUGAGAAACAGGUUGGCAUGGCGGGCGGGUCUUUGGACGCGGUAGCCAUGCUUGACGAGGAGCAUUUCGUCAGUGGAAGCGAUACGGGCGCGAUCUCUUUGUGGAAUGUGAACAGGAAGAAACCGCUGUUUACGAAAUUGAAGGCGCACGGUGUAGGAAGCAAGGCGGUGCCUGGGCCGGCCCCUGGCUCGGCUGCUGGCGUUGCGGGUGCUGCUGGAGAUGAUAAGGCUGCUGAUGCGGUCGACAGCACGUCCGUCUGUGGCGCCAUCACUUCGCUCGCGACGGUGCGGUACUCGGACCUGUUUGCGUCUGGGUCUGGGGACGGCUAUAUCAGGCUGUGGAAGGUGGCGGAUAGCAAGAGGAGAUUCAACCUCAUCGCCGCUAUACCGAUGGCCGGCUUCAUCAACUCCCUCACCUUCCUCGAAGCCCCCUCCCUCCCCACCAACCCCGUCUCCUCCACCACCGACACCUCCAACCCCACUUCCUCCACGACCACCCCCACAACCCGCCUCGACCGAGCACGCGCAGCUCUCGCAUCCGGCGCCCUCUCAUCACGCUCCUCCGCAUCCCAGAAAGAUACCCUGUACCUCGUCGUCGGUGUCGGACAGGAACAUCGGCUAGGCCGGUGGUGGAGGUAUAAAGGGGUGCGGAAUGCGGUGAAGGUUGUUACUCUGGGCAAUCUGUGACGAAGUCAUCGCAUCCAUUUACAUAUGGAAGGGGCACAUGGGUUUGGCUGAUGAUGGGAUCGGCGUACCACCAGUUUUGUAUAGAUUGCAAUUAUCAGCAUAGCAACAUAGCAUCGUGUAGGCAUUCUGAAGCAUUAUUGUAUAAAUUAAAACCAUUUGAAAA